CGUGAAUGUUGUCAAAUACCAGAAUUGUUUUCUCUGCUAUAUUUUGUUUCAUUAUUGGUGUAUAUAAAAGUAAAAUAUUUUUACUAGACAGUGUUAAAAUAAGUAUUGCGAAAGGAUAUUCAAUAAUUAAUAAAUUUCUGAUACUUUCGUAAAUGCAUUGGCACAAGCUGGGAUCUAAAAUGAAAAUGAGCAAUUAGCGUAUCGUUUGUUAUAUGUAGGACGUUAAAGCUUCCGAUUCCUUUGGUUAUAAUUAUUAAUUUGGAUCGCUAAUAGAAAAAAGCGCGUGUAAAAUGAACUUGCAGUCCUAUCUCAAGGAUUUCAAUCCUAGCAAGUUCGUCGUUUACGUCAGCUUGUUUAUUUUUACUUGUUUGCUUGCCUUUCGGUGGGAUGGUCAAAUCGAUUGGCCUUACUGGGCAAUAUUUAUGCCACUUUGGAUAUGGAAAGGAAUUGCUAUACUAGGCGCCGCAGUGGGAGCUAUUGUUUGGUGUCGUUAUCCACAUUACCGACUUGAAGGCGAUUCAUAUACUCAAUUUAAGGCAAUGUUGAUAUCGCUUUCGCUUCAUCUCAUUCUAUUAAUGUUUGAACUACUUGCUUGCGACAAGCUCAGCUCAGGUCGCCAUUUAUGGGUGCUGGUAUUCAUACCGUUGAUUUUCGGUUCAGUAGCCAGCGUCGGAGCUUGUGUAUGGGCAGUUAAGCAUGAUCGUUCAUUCGAAUUGGAAUUAUUUUUGGCCGUGAAUGCCUUGCAAUUUGUUUCAUUGCCACUUAAAUUAGACCAAUUCGUGCAUUGGAACUGGGAAGUUGUGUUUGUUCCUAUGUGGAUAGUCAUUUGCCUGAGUUUAGUCAGUGUACUAUAUAAUGUCAUAUUUUGCGGAAUUAUGAUGCGUACACCAGAGGUACCUAUUCAACAAAAGAGAGCUGCUUUCCAUGGCGCUAUGGCGAAUAUAGUAACAGUACUUCCAUUACUUUGUUUCCAGGUUAUGAUUUGUGAUAAGUUGGAUGGAGAGCUGGCAGCGCCGUAUAUGAUAAUUGUCAGUCCCCUAUUGAUAUCAUUAUCUGGGUUGAUUGGUCUUAGUUUUAAUGCUAAAGGCGGAAACAAAUGGUGGUUCGGUAUGCGUAAAUCCUUUUAUCAGUUUCUGCUAUCGGCCAUGCCUUUUCUCCAAGAAUAUGGUAAUAUAGCUUACACUGUAGACCGAUCGAAUGCAGCACAAUCUGUUCCAUUGGAUGCUUCAACUAGUAAUGUCGAUACAGAUGGAUUUUCGAAACACGAUAAAAAGAGUAAAAAGGGUACAAAAAAUGAUAGUAUGAAACCGGUGAUGCCUAUCAUCAGUAUUGACAUGCCCGACUAAAAUUUAAGUUAUUACAUACGCACAUAAAGAAAACCUUGAAUUGUGGAAUGGACACUAAUUACAUUGUAACAACUAGAAUUUAUAAUGUUAGCUCAUAGUUACGUAGGCACAUAUGCAUAUUAUUGUCUUUCGAAUUUCAUUUGAAUUUAUUUGAAGUGGAAAGUUUUCAACACAAAAUCUUAAUUUUGAAUUAUAAUUAGAAUUCUUCCCGACUCAUUACUAAAACAUACCAGAUAUACAAACAGUUAUAAUUAAAUUUUUUUCAUUCUUUUUAUUUAUAAGCUAUAGUUUUAGCGAAAUAAGUAUUUUAUCUAAAUUUAUUAGUAACUAUUUUUUUUAAUUACUCAAAUAAGGUUUAAAUUAGUUGGCAAGAAAGAGAUUUCCGCCGCAUUUUACUUGUAUUUAACAGUGGCGGUAAUCAAUUAUUAUGCACUCACUAAAUGUAAAUAAAUGCAUUAAAUUCACUUG